CUUGAACGAAGGUUCUAGCUCGAUAUUUCUGCAAUUUGUUUUUUUUUUUUUAUCAAUAAUAAUUGCUCAUUAUUUAGAAACUUCAUUACAAAAAUGAUGAGUUUCGUGUGGUGAUUAAAGUUGUGGGAACGGUUAGUGCUUUAAAUUAUUUUCGGAACUGGAAUUUAAAUCGAACUUGGACCACGAGAUACUGAUAAGUGUAACCCAGUGAAGUUCUUAUAGAACUAGAUUCUCGACUAGAGGAUGGACCCGCCACCCCUCCUUUCGUGAUGCUUAUUUCCUCGACUCGUUGAAUUCAGUCAUGAAGACCGAGAUCGAGGUGGAUACGGAGUGCACUGACAACUUACUGUGCGUAAACAACAACAAUAAUAAUAAUAAUAACAACAACAACAAUGUUCAGAAUAUUAAAAAAAGUGGUAGCAUCAUCAAUGGCAAUGACAGUAAUGAUGGAUUGGAAAUGGACUGUGGUGGUUGCGGAGAAAGUGUACGGGAGCGAACUGUCUUGUGCGUAGGGGGUCGCACCUGGCACUCUAGAUGCCUGAAAUGUUGCGCCUGUGCAAGACCGCUACACGAUCAGCAUUCCUGCUUUCUUCGUGGCAUGCGACUCUACUGCAAGCACGACUACGCUUUGACCUUCGGCGCCAAGUGUGCAAAAUGUAGUCGGAGCGUAGGCGCUGGAGACUGGGUGAGACGAGCCAGGGAAAGGGUCUACCACUUGGCCUGUUUUGCUUGCGACGCUUGCUCGCGCCAAUUAUCAACAGGCGAACAGUUUGCUCUUCUCGAUGCUCGAUUGCUCUGCAAAGCUCACUACUUGGACGUGGUAGAGGGCAACAACACUAGUUCGUCAGAAGACUGCGACUCUGAACAUGGUGGUAAAGGAAGCAAGUCCAAGAGGGUGAGAACAACCUUCACCGAGGAGCAACUCGCCAUUCUCCAAGCCAACUUCCAACUUGACAGCAACCCUGAUGGCCAGGAUCUCGAAAGGAUAGCCAAUGUGACUGGUCUCACCAAGAGAGUCACCCAAGUCUGGUUUCAGAAUUCGAGGGCGAGACAGAAGAAACACAGUGGCAAAAUUAAGACGCAAAUGCACCACUCUCCGCCUCUGCAGCAUCAUCCAAACGAUCUCUAUCAAGCUGGAGUAAACGUUCUCGGAACCUAUUUAGGCAGUUACCAGGGCGGAAGUGCGGGUAGUGAGAGUCCCGGAAGUCCUAUGACCCCUUUAACUCCACUAACACCCCUAACCCCAACAACUCCGACGCAUCUGCAGGCACAGUUUUGUCAUCAGAGCAUUUGAUAUGUAACUACAUUACUAGUGAUUAUUAACAUUUUUGAUUUUCCAGAACUGUGCAUUAAAAAAGAAAGAAUUAUCUAUAAGCUACUAGAGGAGAGCAAAGGAAAGUGGAUGUAAAUAAAAACUGUAAAUAGAGACAUAAAUUUAUAGAAUAACGGCAAAAAAUAACUGUUGGAUAUUUAGAGCGUCUUAAUGACCAUCAUUGAUCACUGUGAUCAGUUUUGAUGGUCUUUUUGUUACUCUAUAAACUUUUAUAAAAGAGAUCUGUCGGAAAUACAAUCCUUAUAAAGGCUAUGAUCCACAGAAAGAGUCUGUUACGAAGGAGACAAGCAUUUUUAUCAAAAUGCUUCUAAAUAAAUCAGCUUUACCAGAAUAUUAUUAAUCAAUUUAUGUAAACUUGAUGAAAUCGUUAGACAUCACAUGUCUUGUGUAAAAAA